GUGGGGGGGGGUGGGGGGGGGCGGUGGCUGCGCGGUGGUGGCCGGGUCUGCAUCGCACCCAGUCCAGGCCGGGGCAGCCAGCGCCGUGAGCCAGCAUCGUUGGUGCAGCCGAGUCGUGAGCAUGUGGCAGAGCUGUGUUCCGCGCCCCCUGUUUAUUGAAACAGGAAAAGCGAAAAUUGGUUUCUGUGGGAUUCCCAGCUGAGGUGUUUGCAGGAACCCUUUGGGGCUCAGAGGCUGUUGCUUGUCAAGGCCACGCUCGUGGCCCUUGGGUCCUUGGGUGCCCUUAGCCCCGGUUUCUGUCCGUUCCCUGACACCGGUGUCCUACGCUUGGCUCUUCUGCCGCGAGGUCGGUGUCCGUCCUGCUCCAGGAAGACCUCAAGUGUGGCCUGAACUCCAGCACCAGGGUCUGUGGCUCAGCCCUGCCGUGGCCUCUCCACAGCCGUGGCAAUGCUUCCCGUGUCCUGAUGUUCGUGUCUCUGACGGCAGCGGUGUCCAGUGGUUUCCUACGCACAUGCGUGCCUGCCGCUCACGUGCAGAGCCGUUUGCUGUCCGUGUCUGCCCUGGCACUCCCCAGGAGCCUGCCAAGUUGGGCCCGUCGGUGGGAUCUUGCCAAGGCCGUGUGGCUGAUUCCUGGGAGGGAGAUGACAGAUGGACCUGUCACGUGGGCUGCAUGUCUGUGACGGAGGGCGUGGCCGCACCAGUGAGGGGUGGAGGAAGGACAGCUCAGCCUGGGAGGCUGGACGCUGGGUUGUGAGCGGGACCCCCACGACUGCCCAGGGGGCCCAGUGGAGGGGGCACACUGCUGAGGGCGGGGCCUCCCGGGGUGUGGCCAGAGGAGGCUCAGCCCGGAAGGCUGUUUCCAGGUGCCCAUCCUGCCCCUGCACACAGCGUCUGUGAGACGUGUGUGGGGACGUCGGGCCGCAGUCACCGCCCCACAGUCAGGCUGCCCGCUGUGCAGGGAGACUGGGAUUUGGGGCCAAAUCCAGGUUUGCAUCUCUUCCCGUCUCUGCCAAUUUCUUCCUUGGUAAAUUGACUUUGUCCUUGAAGUCUCAGUUGCAUUUAAAAUGAGGACAGUAAAGCCCACCUCGCCUGCCUGCUAGGGUUGCUACAAAGCUGGGAUCCUGCGUGUGAUCUCUCUGGGGACACGAACCCCGACUCUGUUAUUUUUAGCCUGUGAGGAGCUGGCUGGCACAGCGUGGGUGUUACCAUGUAACCUGUGCGCGUGUGACUCACGUGGUGAUCUUCCUGGAAGUUAAUAAUUCAGCCGAUGGACGUGGUGGCAAGCAGGACUCGCAGGGUUCUCCUGUGCGCGGGUGCUGCGUGAGGCUUAGGAGGUGGGGGUUGGGUGCUGGCCCGGGGUCCAUCUGGGAGCUUUGAUCACUGAGGGCUCAGAAGGUGGAGCCUGUUUGCCACUCUGCAGCCAGCAGCAGGAGGAAGGGCUGCUGUCGGCCCCAGGGAGGUUGUGUUACCAUUCAGUUAAGUCUGGAGGCCACGGUCAGUGUUGGAGCAGCGGGGAGAGCAGUGACUGCCCAGAGAGGCCUGAGACGCUGCCCGCCUCCUGCGAGUUCCAGUCAUGGAAGGAAGCCUUGACCGCUGGGGGACGGGGUCACGGAGAUGGGAUUCAGAGCUUCCGCUGCUCCUGCCUAUGAGCACGGCCGGCCGAGCUGCGGAAAGGGACAAGGCACGGGCUCUCGCCACCGGGAGCCUGAAGCGGCGACCUGUGAAACGGGGCAGGGGGAGUUUUCUCAGAGAGGGGUUGUGGAGACCAUGCGGCACAGCGGGUGGGAAGCUGGCGGAGGAAGGGGGGCACCUGGAAGCAUCUGGGGGGCUGAACCCAGAGAAGUGGGGAAAUGGGCCGGCUGCGGACCCAUGAGAUGUGCCCAGCUGCAGACCCACAAGGUCUCCAGGGAACGGCGGAGCAGAGGGUGGGGCCGGUGGAGCAGAGGGUGGGGCCGGAGCCUUCGUCCUCACCCGGGGAGCUUCCUCCUGUGAGCCGGAGGGCCUGUGCUUUCUCCUGAGCUCACUGCAUCCGUAGUGAAGGGGGCUGAGGUCCCGAGAGCCCUGGGAGCCCCCACCCCCUGCCUGCAUUUGGCUCAGGCUGGGCUGCUGCAGCCUGGGGGCGCUGUCCUCCCAGCAGGUGCUGAAGCCUCGGCGUCUGGCGGGGUCUGGAGUCUGCGCGGAGAAUGUGGAGAAUGUGGAGCAGGACCCCAGGUCCCUGGCACCCACCGAGCGGCGACAGGAGAUAGGUGCGAGGUGCAUGGUCUCUAGUCUCUCUUUCCUCCCUCCUGGCUCGCAGUCUGGGAGCCUGUGGCUCUCGGGCGGGAGCCCUGGGGCACUCACUCUCCUGUUGGAAUCUGUGGACAGACACCUUCCCAGGGAGCUGCGGUUUGUGAUGAAGUGGAGUGGUUGGGAGGAAGGCAGUGGGGCCAGCAGAGCACCUGGGGGCGGCGUGAGGGGAGACGUCACAGUGGGACUGGCUCGGGCGCCCGUGCUGGGCUUUUCUGCAGUGGUGGGCGGGGACAGAGGCGACGCUUGGGGAGCGCGAAGCGUGUGCUGGCGCUGAGUUAUUCACAGCCUCAUCGUCUGGAGCUCCCUGAGUGUCUGCCGUCGCUGUUGUGUGAUGACUCAGACGUAUUUGGGCUGUCCCGACUGCUGGGUGUUGGAUUGCCUGCAACGGUGCCCCCUCAGGGACCUGCUGGACGUAGCGUCCUGCACGUCAAAAAAGCUGCUGAUGGCACUGUGUAGACACUGGCAAGUGUGUGGUGACAGGGAGGUCACUGGAGCCCUCUUGGGCCGUGGAUGGCUGAGGCCUCGAUGUUGGAACCGCGCCCAUGAGCCUUGGCAGCCACACGGCACAUGACGGUGGAGAGCGACUGACAAACCAGUGGACGGUGGGUGUCGGCAAGUUACCUCAAAGGCGUUGGGUGGUGUGUGGGUCUGCACCCAGCAUUUGUCAUUCACUCCAGCCCUCCCAGAGUGCCUGUGCUCCCCGCAGCCCUGGCCUGUCCUGAGGUUACAGAAGAGAAAAGCCACAAUUUUCUGUUGGUUUUUAAAAAUCACUUUAAUUGAGGAAUACUUUAUGUACAAUAAAAUCCACCAGGGUGAAGUCUGUAGUUCACUGACCUUUGUCCUGUGUGUCAUGGGUUUGCCACUAUAGGUGUAAUUUAGCAAUACAUCACCCCAGAGGAAGAGGUCUUCCUCUCCUUUUUUUUUUUUUUAAAUCUAUUUAUUACUUCCAGAGGCAGAAAGACCGUCAGAGACAGCUCCCGUCCACGGGUUCACUCCGCAAAUGCCCGUGGCUGCCGCCGGCAGGAGCUGAGGCUGGGAGCGGGGGACCCCGUCCAGGUUGCACGUGGCAGGGUCCUGGUACAGGGGCUGUGCGGCAGGCAGGGGGAGCCGGGUGUGGAGCUCAGGCAGCCUGACUCGGGACGCGGGCCUCUUAGCACUGCCCCCGCAGAACGCCUCCUCCUGCCGCUCGCCACAGAGCCCUGCAGUCACUGGACGGCUUUGCCUGUGAGAAUUUCGUGGAAAUGGAGUCGUGUGGUCCGGGACCCUCUCUGUCUUUGCCAAGCCUGCAUCGCGCGUAGCUGAGGCCGUGCCUGUGUAACGUUCUGGGGCAUGGGUGUACCCCGGUAGGGCAUGGGUGUACCCCGGUAGGGCAUGGGUGUACCUCGGUAGGGCAUGGGUGUACCCCGGUAGGGCAUGGGUGUACCUCGGUAGGGCAUGGGUGUACCCCGGUAGGGCAUGGGUGUACCUCGGUAGGGCAUGGGUGUACCCCGGUAGGGCAUGGGUGUACCCCGGUAGGGCAUGGGUGUACCUCGGUAGGGCAUGGGUGUACCUCGGUUUGUUCACCAGCUCAGCACGGGCUGGGCUUUGGGUUCUUCCCGGUUCUCAGCUGUGAUGAGUGCAGCUGCUGUGAACACUUGAGUGCAGUCUUUGUGUAGACAUGUCUUUGACUUGGUGUGAAAUACGUGGGGGUGGCGUGGCCGGUGGUGUGUCCGUGUGUGUUUACCUUCAUCAGACACAGCCAUGCCGAUUUCGUCUCUAGUGACCUCACCUCCUCAUCAGCACUUGGUGUUAUCUGCCAUCCUGGCCUUUGUAGAAUGGAUGUGGAGUGCAGUCUCACUGUGGCUUCGUUCACAUCUCCUCGAUGGCCAGGCAGCAUCGGCUGUUGUCGGUCUCCUGGCUGCCCUGUGCUCAGGGCCAUCUCCGUAGAGAUCCUGGGACUCGGGCUUCCUCCCCGUCUUGGUGGUGGAGCCUUGCUGGGAUUACGAAGGGAAAUGGCGUUGGAGCCACAGUGUUCGUUCCCAGGUUGCCCAGGGCUCCAUGACGGUGUCCGUAUAACCUUGACAGGGUUUUGGAAGAAUCUUUGCUAUUUCCAACGCUUGCUGAGAAGUUUCCAAAACAGAUUACACUGGGAUGUGUGCGUCCGGUCACUGUGAGGUGAUGUCACUGGAACAUUUAGGACUCCCGGGGUCUGUGGGGGGCACCGCCGCAGGGUUUGUGUGCUGUUGGGCGCACGUUGAGUGUGCAGGGGGCGUGACCUGGAGUUUGCAGGAAGGUGCAGAGACACAGGUCCGACGUUCUUACCGCCCCCGGUGGUUGAAGACCCCUGUGGAGACCCGCGUUCCCAGAAUGGUCACAGUAGAACCAUGGGCUCCUGGUGACACCCUCGCAGCUUUGGAGAGGGUCACGGAGACUCCGGGGGCGGGGGGGAGUCCUUUGUGCCAGCAACGCCAUUUAAUGAGUAUUUAUUGAGAGUGAGCCGUGAGCCAAGCCUGGCCCUGCCGUGAUGAAGACAGAAAAAGUCACAUCGAUGAGUGUGAGAGGUUGAAAGUUGGUGUUUGGCGUGUGUGCGUGUGCAUGUGUGUGUGUCUGCAUGCAUGCAUGUGCAAGCACACGCGUGCAGAUAUUGUGUGUGCGUGUGCAUACAGUGCCUCCAGUUAAAGGUCAGGCAGAGCAGCAGAGCCAACUGUAAAGAAUGAGUGUUGAGCACAUCACUCCCUCAUGAGGUUGUGCCGGCUUCGCAAGUGCUUAGACUAAGUACCUCAAGGUUGUGCCGGCUUCACAAGUGCUUAGACUAAGUACCUCAAGGUUAUGCCGGCUUCACAAGUGCUUAGACUGAAUACCCCGAGGUUAUACUGGCUUUACAAGUGCUUAGACUAAGUACCUUGAGGGUAUACUGACCUCACAAAUGCUUAGACUAAGUACCUCCAGGAGAUACUAGGUGCUAGUAGUGGAGUUGCAACAAAGUUCCUAUUUCAAAGCUUUCCAAUUUAGUUUUUAAGGAAGCCGGGUGCUUCUGUCUGUGGUUGCCACUUAGUGCUGUCACCCUCUGUGUCACCCACGGUGCUAAAAGGUAGUUCAUGCCCUGGCCUCCGUCUUGUGCCUUGCAGGUGAGUUAGGCUAUGAUGUCGUACAUUGGAGCGAUUUUUUUUUUUUUAAUUAAUUAAUUUAUUUGAAAGGCACAGCUACAGAGAGGCAGAGGCAGAGGGACAGAGGUCCUCCAUCUGCUGGUUCACUCCUUAAAUGGCCACAACGGCUGAAGCUGCGCUGAUCUGAAGCCAGGAGCCAGGAGCUUCCUCCGAGUCUCCCACAUGGAUGCAGGGGCCCAAGGACUUGGGCCAUCUUCCACUGCUUUCCAAGGCCACAGUAGAGAGCUGGAUCAGAAGUGGAGCAGCUAGGACUUGAACCGGUGCCCACAUGGGAUGCCGGCAUUGCAGGCGGCAGCCCUCCCCACCGCGCCACAGCGCCAGCCCCGUGAUUUGUGUUUGAGUAAGAAGACUUUUAACCCACCUCACAAGGAGCCGUUGGUUUUGAAGUAAAAACCACCUGGAGCAGGCUGCUGGUGCGGUGGUUGAAACACUAGUGGGACGUCCUCUUCCCACGUCAGAGACUUGGGUCCAAGUCCCGGCUGCGCUCCUGAGUCCAGCUUCCUCCCAGUCACAUCCUGGGAGCUACCAGGUGAUGGCUCAAGUACUGGGGUCCCUGCCACCCACGUGGGAGACCCAAAUGGAAGUAUCUUCUCCUGGCUUUGGCCUGGCCCAAUCCUUCCGUUGCAGGUGUUUGGGGAGUGUUGGGGAGUGCCUCUCCCUCCCUCUCUGUGUCUCUCUCUCUGUGUCUCUCUCUCCCUCUCUCUAAGAGAGAACCUUGCUGGUGGAGUGAGUGGCCCAUGGGGACUCUCAGCCUCUGGCCCUGCGUUCUCAGUCCCUGCUCGCCCACCCCUCACCCCGUCCUCUGCAGCCAGCCAGGUGUCCUGCCGAUGGCCUGGCACUGUCGCCUUCUUCAGGAUUUUGUUAGCUGACCGCCUGCCUCAGGGCCGCUGGGUAGGAGCCUCAGGGCCGCCGUGCGUGGAGCUUUGUGAGUCAGGCACAGUGCAGGCCCUGGCCGGGCAAGCCCUGUCCUCUCCCCUGUGUUGUCCAGGCCCCGCUGGUGAGAAGUCCUGGCUGCCUUGGGAGAUCUCAGUCCUUCGAAAGCCAGAAUGGCGCCACAGUCACUCAGAGCCUGGCAGCAGUGACAGACCUGCCCGGUGAGCGUUGCGCAGUGACCACAGGUUCUGCAGCUUUUUCCUCCAAGGUCGAUGCACCGUUAUUCUCUUGGCUGAUUGUCUCUCUGAGCACCCUGAGGACGUAGCCCGUGGCAGAGUGUGGUCGGCUCGGGGACAGGAGGGUGAGCACCCUGAGGAUGUAGUGUGUGGCAGAGUGUGGUCAGCUCGGGGACUGGAGGGUGUGGUUUUGGAGCUGAAAAAUGAGAAUACACAGGUGGCAUCUUGGAUUGUCUUUACCUCUGUGGCCUUGGAGAAUUGGGAAACUUUUUCUGAGCCCAGGUUUCUGCUGCUUCCCUGUGACCCCUGGCCCUGGCUGGGGUCUGUGUCUCCUCUGCAGGUUCCCGCAGUCUGGGGUCUCUCCUCUGCAGGUCCCGCAAGCUGGGGUCUCUCCUCUGCAGGUCCCGCAGCCUGGGGUCUCUCCUCUGCAGGUCCUGCAGGCUGGGGUCUCUCCUCUGCAGGUCCUGCAGUCUGGGGUCUCUCCUCUGCAGGUCCCACAGCCUGGGGUCUCUCCUCUGCAGGUCCCGCAGCCUGGGGUCUCUCCUCUGCAGGUUCUGCAGGCUGGGGUCUCUGCUCUGCAGCCCCUGGCAACCCCUGCCUUGCCCGCACCUCUGUUCUGUGCCCCAGCCCCUCUGCACAUCCUUACUUCCAUGUUCCAGAUGGCUGAUGCUGCCGAGGGCACAGUGAUUUUCAGCCAGACUGCACCUCUGGGUGGCCCCCGUCUGUCCCCACCUGUUCCUCGUGCCUGUCAGGCCUCCUGCCCCUACGCGGCACCACGUGUGGGCUCCUCCGGGUUCGAGGCAGCGGGGUCCGGCCUGGUGUCUGUGUUUCAGCCCAGGACCUUUGUUCAGAUGCAUCGUGUAAAGGGGGCGGGCACGCCUGGGCCGGGGCUCACACUGAACCUGCCCCAUGAGGGUCCCUGCAGUUCUGGGGUUGAAUGGAGCAGAAUGAUGCGCUGCCAGGUGUCCACCCAUCCCCUCCUCACCCCUGCCCUGGAGACCGUGUGGCUGAGGGACCCCACCCAGGAAGCCAUGGAGAUCACUGUCAGGUGGGCUGAUUGCUGGGGAGGGAGGGGGCGGGGCGGGGCUUCGCUGUCAUUGGAUGCUUUCUGUGUCAGUCAGCGUUCGUUACUUUUCAUACCUUUUCAUUGCCUCCUCGUUUGGGGGUUCACAGCGAAAGGCCAGGUGGCCCCUUGAGCUGGCGUGGGGUGGGGGCUUGAGGUGGUGGGGUGGAGAGGGAGCGGGAAGCAGGGCCGCGGGCACAGCUCUUCCGCCCUCUGUGCCCUGUCUUUCACAGCCACCACUAGCCCACGUGGGGUCUCCCAGCAUCCUGGCCCGAUCCAGUCGCUUCCCAGAGGCCCUCCCUCUAGCUGCCAGAUUGGGUUGAGCCCCGGCCCCAGCCUGUCACCCAUCAGUGUUAACCCAUUGACUUGUUAACACAAGCCUUUGGGGUUCAGACUUCUGCACGAGCUUGGGGAGCCAAGUCCCGUUCGAUCCAAGUGCCAGGGCGUCCCAGCAGCUCCCACGUGCCCUGGAGACUGCUGCCCGUGCUUGGGGACGCGUCGAGACGUGGGAGUGAGUGCUCCUGCCUGUGUCUGCAGAGCUGGGGACAAGCGCUGUCACCGCGGCUCUCACGCAGGCCUGGGCCAGGGAGGACGCCUGGCGGCUCUGGCACGGCCCCUCGCUCCGCUUGCCCCGCGAGCGCCGGGGGUGGCAGCUGGGGACGGAGGCCAGGCUGGGACUUGCGGUGGAAGCGCCGUAGGGCACAGGGCCAUCUACCGCCUUAGAAGGCGGCUCAGCCUCGUCUGUGGCUCUGCACACAGCCGGCCAGCGCCUUCCUGCUUUUCUUCUCCCUCCCCGUCCUGCCUGCUUCCCAUUCCAUCACAGGGAAUGGGGCCAGCUCUUCUGCAUGGGAGACAGGAACUGAGACGGGGAAGAGCGAGACCAGGCAGGACUGAAGACAGCAGUGACUUCACGUUCCCCUCGGAAAGCUCAGGGAAGAUUGUGCAUCCUGGGUGGGUGCCAGUCGGGACCCCCACCCUCUACCCUGCGGCUCUUGGGAAGACCGAGAUGUGGAGCCCCUAUGGGUCACCCUGGUGAUCUGGGGUGUGCCUGUGCUCUUGGGGACACUUGGAGAGCUCUGAGGGCCGUCAGGGCUGCCUCCGACUUUAACACUGUGGCCAUCAUGGGCCUGUCUGGGACCUUGUGUCACAAGUGGGGUUCCCUCAGCCAUGGGGUCUUUGGGAUCAGGAGGGGCACAGCAGGCACCCGGCAGCCACCCCCUGGCGCCUGUGCGUCAGGCCUGGGUUUCACCCUCCCCUCGUCCGUCCAUCAGCAUGGAAGCAGAGACGACAGGCGACUCCCCCGUUUCCCCACCCCACCAGGUUGGCCUGAGUGCCCCCCUCUGCCACUUGCCAUGUGGUCCUGCCUGUGCCACCCCAUGGGCAGCCAGAGAAACAUGUUUUUCAGACAGCUUUGAAAAAUGCAAAUGCGGAUGGAGGAGACUUACUGGAGGAAAUGAAAGAUAGCCGGAGCUGUGAGGUAGUUUGUUCUUAGAGGGCUUUGGUCUGUUACAAGACCUGAGUAACAGCUGUCCGGUGCUGGCGCAGCCCUGGGGUGCUGUGUUCUCAAGGCCGCCUUGUCCAGCAUCGUGGAGACCCUGGCCCUGAGGAAGAGCGCUGUCUGUUAUUGAGUGCCGACUGUAUGCCAGACGCAGUCUGCCUGGAUGAUCUCAUCCUGCGGAGCAGGUGCGUUUGUUCCAUCUGUGGAGCGAGAGCUGGCGUGAGCGAGGUGCGCUCGUUUUCAGAGCUUGGUCCAGAGCCAGGUCUGUGAUCCCAAAGCUGGCCACUUUUGACCUCUGGCCUCUCCUCCCAUGGGAACCAGGGUUUUUUUUUUCGCUGUGUUAAAUCCUCUGGUCAGUUACAAGAACAUCAAACUCGAUAGCAGGAGGCGUCUCCAGCCCCUCGGCUUCCGGGUGCCGAGCCUGGCACAGGGUCUCCAGGCGCCUUCCGCCGCCCCGGCCCUCCCUGUGUCCACGUGGGGUCAGCAGGAACUCCCCGCUGUCUCACGGCUCCUCUGCCCUGCUUGUUUUGCUACAGCCAAUUUCAUGAGGCUUGAGCGGCGUUUCCUGGGGAAAUCGGUCUGCCCCAGGAGUCCAUUGUCUUCUGGGACCGGGAAGAUGCGGAAGUGUGACCUCACUCCCAGCUGAAGGUCACCUUCCCAGCCUCGGCUCUGCCUCUUCCUGCACAGCAGGGCCCAGGCCUGGCCGGGCGGCCGCUCCCUCUCUCUGCAGCGGCUGCUUUGCAGGAACGUGCCCAGAACCUUCCGGCGUGCUGCCUCCUCUUGCUUGCGAGUCUUCUCUGGACAGAGCCCGGUUCCUGCUGCUCUCCGUGCUCCUGUCAGAGGCAGCAGGAGUCAGGAGAGCAGAUGUCAGGGCCCCCCCCCGCUCUCCCCAGAGGCAGGCCGCCUGCCCGCCCGCCUGUGCUGCCGUGGGGGGCGGGGGCUGUCUUGCCCAGUGCGCUUCCCCUUCCCCACAGCUUGCAGGUUUUCUGCCCCCUAAACAGCAAGCAGGCCCGGAAGCAUCUCUGCAGAGCGGGAUUCCCGGCGGAAGGCUGUGCCUCUGGGCCUGGGCUUUUCACGUGAGGUGUGCGCAGCGCCCAGAGCCACGCACGCUCCUGGACGUCAGGCCACGUGUCCACGCCGGUCAGCGCCGUUCCAAGCAUUUGGUUGUCGGCUUGGUGAUCUCCCUGGGCGUUUGGGAUUCUUUCCUGGUCUCUCUUUUUUUUUAAGAUUUAUUUAUUUAUUUAUUUGAAAGUCAGAUUUACACAGAGAGAGGAGAGGCAGAGACAGAGGUCUUCUGUCCGAUGGUUCACUCACCAAUUGCCACAAUGGCCUGAGCUGCGCUGAUCCGAAGCCAGGAGCUUCUUCCGGGUCUCCUAUGCGAGUGCAGGGGUCCUAGGACUUCGGCCAUUGUCUACUGCUUUUCCAGGCCACAGCAGAGAGCUGGAUUGGAAGAGGAGCAGCCGGGGCUAGAACCAGCGCCCAUAUGGGAUGCCGGUGCUUCAGGCCAGGGAGUUAACCCGCUGCGCCACAGCGCCGGCCCCUGUUUUUUCUCCUUUUAAAAGUGCUGCUGAGACAGUGUGCAGCCAGGAGGGAGAUGUGUUGCAGCCCCUGGGGAGCUGUGCAGGGGACGCUUUGCUCCCUCUUGGAAGUGAGUCCCCGAGCCCAAGCAGGUGCCACGUGCGCAUCGUGGCGAUGCCAGUCCUGCCACGGGCUGCCUGCCGCGGCCUCCCCUCCUCCCAGCGUUUCUCCCCUCGAGGGUCCUUGGUCCCAUGGCCGCCGUGGACAGAGUCAGGGGAGCUCAGGGCAGCAGUGUUCGGCUGGCAGCUUGGGUCGCGCGUCCCUCAUCUUGCUCCACAGAAUUCUCUCCUCACGGCCACACCUGAGGGUUUCCCGUGUGCUGCACACGUCACACAGGACCGAGAGCCGAGUGUCCCACCACCGUCGCCUUGCCUGUCUCCUCAGGUGAACACUGGGUGGCUGCAUGUGCCGCCUUCCAGAGUGUUCGCUGUGUAUCCAUUUGUGAACAUGUGCAGCCUUGAGUGUUUCUGUCCUCUUUGUUGUUGUUAAAUCUGUUUCAUUGACAUAUUUUUGUGGGCAGCAUUAAACAAAUUGCCCCUACCUGCGAGGUGGUCAGAUAACAGAGAAAGUGUAGCAUGUUGAACUGCUUUGUAUUUUCCUUAAUUGAAAAGUUUCAAACAUAAAGUGCUCAUUGAGGGUUUGAAAUUAGAGAGACCAGCACACUCCAGCUGCCCUGGGAGGGCUGUGGUGGCUUCUUCCUGUGUCUGUAGGUCUGUGCACAGUUGGUGUGAACAAUGUAAUACUUGUUCUCAUUUAUAUUUUUUCUUGCUUUCACAAUUUUUGUCUGCACUUAGUUGGUUUAGGAGAUACACUUGUACUUUCUGCUUCCUAAGAUGGAAGAGCUUUUUAAUUUUUUUUAGAGAUUUAUUUAUUUAUCUGAAAGAGUUACACAGAGAGAGAGAAGGAGAGGCAGAGGCAGAGAGAGAGAGAGAGGUCUUCCAUCCACGGGUUCACUUCCUAGUUGGCUGCAUCGGCCAGAGCUGUGCCAAUCCAAAGCCAGGAGCCAGGAGCUUCUUCUGGGUCUCCCACACGGGUUCAGGGGCCCAAACACUUGGGCCAUCUUCUACUGCUUUCCCAGGCCAUAGCAGAGAGCUGGAUGGGAAGUGGAACAGCUGGGACCCUAACCAGUGCCCAUAUGGGAUGCCGGCACUGCAGGCGGCAGCUUUACCUACUACACCACAGCGCUGGCCCCAGCUUUUUAAUUUUUAACUUUAUUUUCUUCCUUUUUUUUCCCUGUAUCUUGAAAGGCAGGGAGAGAGAAAGAUUUCCCAUUCUCUGCUUCACUCUCCAGAUGCACAUCAGAGCUGAACUGGGCCAAAGCCCAGAACCCAGAACUGCAUGUGGGUCUCCCAGGUGAGCGGGGUGGGCGGGUACCGACGUACCUGAGCCAUCACUGCUGUCUCCCAGGGCGCACAUGAGCUGGGCGCCGCAAUCAGAAGUGGAAGAGCCGGGACGUGACCCAGGCACCUGGUACAGCCACGUGACUGCUGCACCGCCCCCACGCCCUCCCCAGCCGCACUUCUGCAGAGGGGAGGAAGGCCGUGCGGCCUCACCUUCCCAGCAGCCACUUCACUGGCGUUUUGUUAGAGCUGUGCUCAGGGGUAAUGGGCUGGCCCUUGGCGUGCUGGCUGGGGACUCGCGUCAGCCCCGUGAGUGAGGCUGGCCUCCUGUGACAGGAUGGAUACCCACUGUGCCACCACCCCCACGCUGGCCAGGGUGGGGACAGAUCCCAGAUGCUAAAACAACAUCUGGGGAAAAAAACUGAAGGAAGUGUUUGCCGUUCAUGUGACUGGCUUCAAAGGCCACCUACCUUAGGAGCUCAGAGGGCAAGUAUUAGCAAGGUUAGAUUAAGCCGUGUAGGAAGAGUGCCCGGAAGUGCCUCGCAGGACCCCAGGAAGCUGCUGGGCUGAGGAGAGGAGCUGGCCUGGGCCUGCUUCUCUCUGAUGGGCAAAGAGGGGGCGCAGGGAUCCCCGAGUUCCUUUUGCUUAUUUAUUGUGUGUAGCCGAAGUGCUGGUCCCAUGAAUGACCCCCGAGAGUUCACUUCCAUUGCUUGCUCUUCCCCCAAACUCCAGUUCGACCUUCACUUCUAGUCUAUAACAGGUCUCGUUCUUGCUGGCGUAGCUCAGACGUGGGUAUUUGCGGUACCUCAAACAGUGACCAUUGGGGGAGCAGGCUGGCCUCACUGCCGCCGUGCCCUGGUCCCCCGUCGCCACCAGCCUCCUGGAGCCUCGCCCCUCCCCGUGGUAACUCAGGGGUCCUGCUGUCCUGACUGCGGGGCUCAUCUGUAGCUUUGCCAGCCGUCUGUGCCUCCCAAGUCACCCUGGUUUGCCUGUGGUUCUGACCUUGUCUGGUGCUGCACUGCGUGUCGUCUUUGGCCCGGUCUGUUGGUGGUCUGAGGGGUGAGUGAGUUCCUUCCUGCUGCCCAACAGCUCUCUCUUGCGUGGACACACGUCAGUGACCCACUCGGGGACAUUUAGGUUCGUAUACAGUAACACCUUGCUUGUCUCCUGUGGCAGGUGCGUCUGUGCCUUUGAUUUUAGUAGAGAGUAACGGGGAGUCUCGCCCUUCCUGGCUCAGCCAUUGGCACACGUGUCUUCCACAGCUGUGCUGGCGCCUGGGUUGUGUGUGAUGCUAAUUCUUGAUGACACCUGCUCUUCUCCCGGCCGCGCCUGCCUCUUGUGUAUUCCCGGAAGGAGGAGGGUCCAUUAUUGCUCUGACUUUCAGCCGGGCCUGCAGGUCAUCGUGGGAGUCUGCGCUGCCCCAGAAAGCCUUCUGGAAACAUUGUCUCCAUCAUCAUGCUGCUGUUGGCUCUUGGUAAAGUCAGAGGCGUGAUGAGUCCGAGUCGCAACCUCAGGGUGUGUGCGACUCUUGGCAAAGUUGCCUUUGGGGAAAACAUCUAGUGUGUUUUGUUUUGUCUCCUGUCUUUCAGAAAUGUCAUCUCCUCUCAGGCUGGCUGGCUGUGAGUGAGAUGCAGGGAGGUGACGUGGGGCAGCAGAGUGGAGCGUGCGUGGGGGAGGCCCAUGCUCUGCAAGUCCUUCUCUGGGCAGCAUCUGGGGGAGCUGAGAGGGACCUCAGCCCCUUCCCACCCUGCUGGCAGAAACGGAGAGCUCUGGAUGCUGGCCAGAGCCAAGGGGGACGCCCUGGCUGACACUACAGGAGAGGUUUUCCUGUGGAUCCUGGGCCAAGGUUGGCAGACACUUCCCGUAAGGAGCCACGUGGUAAAUAUUUCAGCCCUUGCAGGGCAAGAGACAAAACCAAGGCUAAUGUACAGGUGUUUUUAUGAGAGAGAAAACAGAUUUACACACACGUUUUACAAAUGAGAUGCAAUGUGUGAUCCCUGCCACGUGGGGGGAAGAGUGGAGUUCUUCGGAAGGGGACGUUUCUUUUAAGUGGGGCUCAGAGUCGGCUUUCCCCGGCACCCCGUCUGUCACUGCGGCAGUUGGAAAUGUCCACCCGUGGAAACCCUCAGCCUGCAGCUGUACAGGACAGGCUGGCCUCGGCCUGCACACCAUCACUUGCCCACCCGAGCCAGGCUGCCUCCUCCAUCAGACAGGGGACUUGUGCCCUCCGUCCAGCCUGUCGUCACAGUCUCCAUGGCAGCCAGGAGGCACCCGUAGGCUUCCACGGGGACCGUCGGAGACAAACUGGCUCCAUCCCUGAGCAGAGGGAGGUGUCACGGGUCUCCUGGCUGAUCCUGGCUAUCAGGCAGCCCUGGGCGUGCAGAGGGAGGGAGGUGGGAGGGGCUGUGGGCCCUCGCAGGUGGCAGGGCAUGAGUGAUGGACUGUCAAAGGGUUUUUCUCAUUUUAAUUCAUUUUGAUUGUUUGUAGCUUGUGGCUACUGCGUUGGCCAGUGCAGAUGUGAGCAGUGCAGAGUGGGCGGUAGUGUGGGGUCGGCCUGUGGCUGUUCUUCCCUCUCCUCCACCCACGCUGCUCCCUGUCCCCAAGACCCCUGCCCCCAAGCACACCACUGAGUGCACCUGGCCCAGCCGGCUCGCCACCAGCCCCGUUCUGGAAGCCACGGCACGAAACAGCAUGGACCUUAAGGGCUGCUUGAUGUGAAGACAAGAACGAGUGGCUGGGAAUUCACCCGCUGCGCUCUCUGAAAGGUGCUUUUCGAGUGGUUGGAAACAGUUGUUUAUUUUCCUUAGAAAUGCUUGGGGCUUCUCCCUGCCUCUUGUGUGCAUGAUGAAUUUACUCUCUGAAAUCUGUUUUACAAACGAAAGGUCAGCGUCCGGCUGGCUCCCCACAAUUAAUGAGCUUGGCCGGACUUGAGCUAUUGUGCGGCCCCCGCUGUUUCUACGUUGCUACGCACAGUUCUGCUGGAGCAAGCGGGGGCAGGGGAUAGGUGAGCGCCUGCUGUGUUGGAAGUCCCAGCCCAACUGGCAGGCACCUCUGGUUUCUGGAGACACCCACAUUGUGCUCUCCGCUUUCAGAGACAGUGGACCCAGCGCUUUUCCGAGCCCUCAUUCCGACUCGUCUUGGCCAAGUGUAAUCUUGGUUGUAAAUGUGCACCAUAAACGGAGGUGCGUUUAGGGAACAGGAUUGCCUCUCCAUAGCCAUGCAGGUUAAUUGCAGACACCUCUGCUGCCUGCCCCCCCUUCCUGCCCGUCUCCUUAAGAAGCAGGGACUGUGUAUCCCCUCCUUCCCUAACAGUUUCCCUUUAGGUAGGAAGGCAGGAGGUUGCCAUGGCUUCGUACUUUACAAGACUUUUGCGCAGGGAGGGAGAAGGCAGGGGCAUGUCCCGCAUGUGUCAGGGCAGGAAGUUUGUCUCAGUGCAGCUCUGUUGCAGGUGUCAGCGCUGUCUUGAGUGAUUGAGCCAAACUCCUGGGACUGGAGCUCUGUGGUCUCUGAUGUCAUCCGUGUGAUGUCAGAGGCCAGCAGGUACAACCCAAUUGAGAGAAGUAAUAAAUCUCCUGAGCUGACUUUUCCAGAACCCCGCUGCCCCGCGUUGAGCCCCAACUCCCUCCAGGCCCCACCAGGUGCCCUCUUCUUUGGUGUUAGCCUCUCCACAAAUUCACUUCCUGCCCGCCUGAGGGGUUUGUCUCGCUGCGGCCAGAGUCACCUUCCAGGACAGCUCUGGGCUCAGUUGGAACGCCGUGGCCUGCAUCUGAACCCUGCUGCCUCCCAGCCUCCCGGGAAUUCCCAGUGCUGCGUGGGGGCCCCGUUCCAGGGCAGGGUGCCUGGUAGGCACUGGGGAUAGCGUGGAGAGACGUCAGUGCCUGACCUUGGACCAGAGCCCUGAAGAGUCAAAAGCAGUGAAAUUUCUUCUAUUAGUGUUGUGUAAAACUGGAUGUGUGCAAAGCAUCCGUUGUUUCCACGUGUGGCACUUAGCACUCGUGACCGGUAGCUGUGGGUGGGGGCCCUGCGGGUCCAGAGGCAGAGCUGGACGGGUGGGAACGGCAGCGCCUGUGCCGAGUCCUGCCCUUGUGGCUCCGGCCGUGGCAGGUCUGUGUUCCGUGUAGGGACCGUCUGGCUAGAUCGCAGACCCCGUGGAGGUGCGGGCGUUGUCCUGUCUGCUCAGCCCUGCGCGAUGCCUGGCUCAGUACCUGGCGAGUACUGGGGCUCGCUGAGUUCUGUCUGAUGAGGCUGCACAAGGCCGGGCACUGCAGGGAGGCCGAGGGGGAGCCUGUGGUCCUUCCAGAAGGAGAAAGCGUCUGGGACGGCUUUCAGGGUGGAGAGAGACCUCAGGACCGCUCUGCAGUGUGG